AUGGAAGUGGUAGGGGGUAGAAAUAAUAUGAGAAAAAUUAGAGCUCUCGAUAAAGAAGGGAAGGGAUUACUCCUAAUAGAAUUCGAGGGACUUGAGAAGAAAAAAGAGGUUAUGGAAGCGAAGAGUAAGCUAAGAGGGGAAAAAAUAAGAGUGAAGGAUGAUCUGACUUAUGAGGAAAGAAGGAUAAAGAAGAUAGUUAUGGAGGAAGCCUUCAAAGAGAGAGCCGCUGGCAAAAAUGUCAAGGUAGGAUAUAUGACGCUAUUGGUCUGUGGAAAAUUGAGGCAGUGGGAUGAAGCUGAAGGAAGGUGGAAGCUCGAGGAGGGAAACGAGUAA